GGAAGAAUUAAAUAAAUCGACAAAAUUCAAUCGACCAAAAAAGUUGCCAAUAAACUCAUUAUGGACUUCGAUACGAAGUGUAUGCGUAUUGUCGGCACGGCUGCCGUAUCCAUUGUUGGAUAUCAACUUGUUACAAAAUUCCUGCCAUGGCUGUAUAUUAAUAUAAUUGCACCGAAAUUUCUUGGACCUAAGGUCGAUGUACGGCGUAUGGGAUCAUGGGCUGUGGUUACCGGUGCCACCGAUGGUAUUGGCAAAGCCUAUGCAAAAGCGUUGGCCAAAAAGGGUCUUAAUAUUGUGCUAAUCAGUCGUACUCCCAGCAAAUUAGAAGCUGUUGCCAAGGAGAUCGCUGAAGCAUACAGUGUUGAAACCAAAAUUAUCGAUGUCAAUUUCACUUCGGGUCCAGAAAUUUAUGAAAAAAUCAAGACAAAUAUUCAAGGGCUUGAUAUUGGUGUCUUAGUGAAUAAUGUCGGCAUGAGCUAUGAUCAUCCCGAAUUCUUUGUUGAACUUAGUCAAAAGAAUCCCAAAUUUUUGUUGGACAUCAUUGCCGCCAAUGUACAUUCGGUAACACAUAUGACCGCUUUGAUUUUACCCGCCAUGGUGGAAAAGAAAAAGGGUGUCAUUAUCAAUAUAUCAUCAACGGCUGGUGUUAUACCAAAUCCAUUGCUCACGGUUUAUAGUGCCACAAAGGCCUUUGUCGAUAAAUUCAGUGCCGACUUACAAACAGAAUACCGUACACGUGGCAUUGUUGUACAAAGUAUUCAACCAGGCUUCGUGGCCACAAAUAUGACAAAAAUUAGGAAAACUUCAGCAUUUGCUCCCUCAGCCGAUACUUAUGUUAAAUCCGCCUUGAACACAUUGGGUAUUGCCGAACGCACAGCCGGCUAUCUGCCACACACUCUAUUGCAAAAUGCAAUCAAUGGCAUUGGCUAUAUAACCUGUGAACAAUUCGCUAGUCAAAUAGUUUUUAAGAAUCUGCUACAAACCCGUCAACGUGCCCUACGCAACAUUGCCAAGAAAGCGAAGGAACAAUAG